GGGAUUGGCAGAGGGGGGUGGAGGACACUGAGUGGAGGCCAGUGGAGGGAUUGGCAGAGGGGGGUGGAGGACACUGAGUGGAGGCCAGUGGAGGGAUUGGCAGAGAGGGGGUGGAGGACACUGAGUGGAGGCCAGUGGAGGGAUUGGCAGAGGGGGUGGAGGACACUGAGUGGAGGUCAGUGGAGGGAUUGGCAGAGAGGGGUGGAGGACACUGAGUGGAGGACCAGUGGAGGGAUUGGCAGAGAGGGGUGGAGGACACUGAGUGGAGGACACUGAGUGGAGGGAUUGGCAGAGGGGGGUGGAGGACACUGAAUGGAGGCCAGUGGAGGGAUUGGCAGAGGGGGGUGGAGGACACUGAGUGGAGGACACUGAGUGGAGGAUUGGCAGAGGGGGGUGGAGGACACUGAAUGGAGGUGCCAGUCUGGAGGGUAUUGGAUGGACUGAGGGGGGUGGCGGAGAUGAGGAGCGGUUGGAAAGAUUAUCAGGAUGGAUGAAGCGGGCACCUCCUCCUAGCCUGUGAUUAUCCCACCUGCAGUGAGGACCUGGGAUUAUCCCAGU